AUGUCAGCCUUACCUAAUGAAAAUUGUAUUAUGGAAAUAACUAGUAAGAAAAAAUCCAACGUCGUUGAAUACAGAACAACCGCUGAAGACUCGGAGGAGUCUCUCAGUGAACGAUUCAAAUACAAUAGUGUUGAAAGAAAACAAAGAUUUGCAUCUGGCGCCAAAUCUAUGGACAUUAUUGUGUUGUUUAGUGCUGGUUUUGCAUUGAUUUCAGAUGGAUACCAAAACAGUAUUAUGACUAUGUUGAAUAGCGUCCUAGCUUUGGAAUAUCCAGAGGAGUAUACUUCUGACAUGAAAACUACUGUUUCUUACGCUUCUACUGUUGGAACUAUUUUCGGCCAAGUUGCAGUCGGUUUCACAACUGAUUACUUGGGAAGAAAAUGGUCAAUUGUUGUUGCCACACUAUUCCUCAUCUUGGGUACAAUAAUGUGUGCAGCUUCACAUGGUGAAACAGUUGAUGGCUUACUUUGGAUGUUAAUUAUAUCUAGAGGAGUAACUGGAUUUGGAAUCGGAGCGGAAUAUCCAUCCUCAGCCGUUUCUGCAAGUGAAGCUGCCAAUGAAUCCAUUAAAAGAAGAGGCGCGGCCAUCAUCUUGUGUACAAACUUGCCAUUGGCCUGUGGCAGUCCCUUUGGUCUUAUCAUUUUUUUGAUUGUCCAUCAAAUUACGAAAAAUCACUAUGCUGCUACAUGGAGGACUAUGUUUGCUAUUGGAGUAUUUUGGCCCUUAUCCGUCUUUUACUUUAGAAUGAAAAUGGCCACUUCUAAAUUGUACAAGGAUAAUGCUAUCAGAAGGAAUGUUCCCUACUGGUUGGCGUUGAAGUACUAUUGGCCGAGAUUGUUUGGUACGUGUGCAUGUUGGUUUUUGUAUGAUUUCGUUACAUUCCCGAAUGGUAUUUUCUCUUCUGGUAUCAUAUCUUCCGUAUUAAAGGGUAAAGAAGCUAAGGAUUUAAACAAGGUGGCCGAAUGGACUUUGUUGUUAGGUGUUAUUGCUAUUCCUGGUGUAUUUAUAGGUGCAUAUUUAUGCGACAGAAUUGGAAGAAAGUAUACAUUGAUUACUGGGUUUUGUGGAUACAUUAUUUUUGGGUUGAUUGUUGGAUGUGGGUAUGAAAAGGUUUCUAAAAUCACUGCUUUAUUUAUCGUACUAUACGGUCUAAUGAUGUCUAGUGGCAAUUUAGGACCGGGAGACAUGAUGGGUAUAACUCCUCUUGAAUCUUUCGCAACACCAAUUCGUGGAACAUGUUAUGGAAUCUCUGCAGCAAUUGGUAAAGUUGGGGCUGUAGUUGGUACUAAAUGUUUCACACCAAUUCAAAAAAAUUUGGGUAAAAGAUGGACUUUCAUUAUUGCAGCAAUCUGUGGACUUCUUGGUGUUCUUAUAGCGUUUUUCUUUAUCCCUCACUUAAAAGACGAAGAUUUGCUUGAGGAAGAUAUUAAAUUCAAAAAUUACCUAAUAGCAAAUGGUUGGGAAGGUGAUUUUGGUAUAUCGCCUGAGCAACUACUGACUGUGGAAUUAGACAUUGAUGAAGGGAAAGAAUCAGAAAAACCCCGUGAACCACAAUAA